AUGGCGACUAGUAAAAUGACAAAGUUUAAAGUUGGCGAUGAAGUCAGGAUUGACAACAAAGGCAAGGGCCGUAUUAAGAAGCUACUGGAAAACGAUGAGUACACUGUUCAGAUUGAAGGAAUCGAUUUCGAGUUUGAUUGUACAGCCGAUCGGCUUGUUUUAGAAGUUGAAGUCGGGUCUGGGGUUGUAAAGCAGACGACAGAUCAGGUCACGACAGGGGCAGGGCAAAGACAUAUUCGCAUAGACAACAGUGAUAUCGAUGAUUUUGUAAACAAACAAGCAAACAAAAACACUUUGUCAAAAACUUUUUAUGAUUUGAAGCUUCUUCGUCAGUUUUUGAGCCUGGAAAAUGAAAAUCGUGAAAUUUAUCAAAUCCCACCACAAGAAUUAUGCCCCCUCCUUUGCAAAUUCUUUAUAGGAAUACGGAAACAAGACGGUUCCAAUUAUGAACCGAGUUCGCUGCGUGGUUUUAUGAGUUCGUUUGACAGGCAAUUGAGACGGUAUGAUUAUGGUUACUCUGUGGUCAGUAGUGUUGAAUUUGGGAAAGUCCGAGAAGUUCUGACAGCUAAACAACGGGAGCUUAAGGAGGAAGGAAAGGGGAACAAACCAAUGAAGGCACAACCUAUUUCAGACGAUGAAAUUGAAACUCUGUGGGAACCGGGCCAGCUCGGAUGUAGCAACUCUGACAGUGUGAUAAACACACUAUGGUUUUUCAGUACUGUCCAUUUCGGACUACGUGGUUCCGAUGAACAUAGAUCAAUGUAUUGGGGGGAUAUUAAUUUGUGCCGAGAUGUGUCAGGGGAAGAAUAUCUUGAAUUUGAUGAAAGACAAACUAAAACGCGGCAAGGAACAAACCCGAGGGACGUCCGCGCUGUAAAACCCAAAAUGUGGAGUAAUUCCGAGAACCUAGAAAGGUGUCCUGUAAAAACAUACAAAUUCUACAAGAGUAAACGUCCUGCAAGUUACUGUGAACCAAGUGAUCCCUUUUACAUAGCCACACAUACAAAACAGGGAGCAUUGAAAGGCGAAGACCAGUGGUUUAAAAAACAGCCAAUAGGUGUAAACAAACUUACCCAAAUAAUGAAGAAAAUGGCCAUAGCUGCAGGUCUCCCAGAUGACAAAAAACUUUCGAAUCACAGUGCCCGCAAACACUUGGUUCAAAAACUAAAUGACCAGAACAUUCCUCCGAAUCAGAUAAUCCAGAUCACUGGACAUCGGAAUUUGCAAAGUGUUAACAAUUACAGCCAUAUGUAUCUGAUGAGUGGUCACCUGCAGACUGGACAUGUGACAAUUCUGACGGACUUUGAUACAAGGCGAUGUAUCCGUAACACACAUUGA